CAACGACCGGGUCUUCUUUUUCUCCCCGGCCCUCUCUUCAGUGUGCGCCCUCCAAUUGCUACAGAUGGCUUCCACAUCCUCUUCUGCGCCCUCUUCAGAGGCAACGGGCUCGUCAACGGGCCCGUCGCCCGUCGCCAUUGUCUGUGUCGGCAUGGCUGGCUCGGGCAAGACGACUUUCAUGCGCCGCAUCAACUCGUACCUCCAUGGCAAAAACGACCCUCCUUAUGUGAUCAAUCUCGAUCCAGCUGUUCUCAACGUCCCUUUCGAGAGCAAUAUCGAUAUCCGCGACUCGGUCAACUACCAGGAAGUCAUGAAGCAGUACAACCUAGGACCCAACGGAGGCAUUCUCACUUCUUUGAACCUGUUCGCCACCAAAGUCGACCAGAUCGUCAACCUUCUCGAAAAGAGAACAACACCAGAUCCGAGCAAUCCCCAGAAGAAACCCGUUCAACAUAUCCUCGUGGACACACCUGGACAGAUUGAAGUCUUCGUCUGGUCCGCGAGCGGCACCAUUCUUCUCGAGUCUUUCGCAUCAUCAUUUCCGACAGUCAUUGCCUACAUAAUCGACACCCCACGUACCGCCUCGACGAGCACAUUCAUCAGUAACAUGCUCUACGCCUGCAGUAUCCUCUACAAGACGAAAUUGCCCAUGAUCCUCGUAUUCAACAAGACGGACGUCAAGGAUGCCAGCUUCGCAAAGGAAUGGAUGACAGAUUUCGAAGCCUUCCAGGCCGCGCUGCAGGAGGAACAGGCAGGCGACGGCAUGGGGGAGGGUGGUCCCGGAGGCUCCGGUUACAUGAACAGCUUGGUCAGCUCGAUGAGUCUGGUGUUGGAAGAAUUCUACUCCCAUCUGAGUUUCGUCCCCGUGAGCUCGCGGUUGGGCACCGGCAUGGAGGAGUUCUUCGCGGCCGUGCAAGAAAAGGCCGAGGAGUUCAAACAAGACUACUUGCCCGAGUUGCAGCGCAGGAGACAAGAGCGGGACGAGCAGAGGCGGAAGGCAAGAGAAGAGGAGCUGGACAAGAUGAUGAAGGGCAUGUCGGUGAAUGCGGCCAAGGGUAAGGGUAAGGAGAAGGAGAAGGAGGGAGAGGAAGAUGACAUGGAUGCGGGCGACGACGUGGACGACGAUGAUAUCCCUGACGAUGAAAACGACCGGGAAGGCCUGAAGUCAAGGUACGAGGCGGCGCUAACUUCGGAGGGAGACUCCAUCAUGGCGGAUGCAAGCUUCGCGAAAUAUCUACACCAGCAGAGACGUUGAUGUUGUCGACAACACUCCAGGGGGUUUAAAAAAAUUGAAAGCAGGAUACCGAUCACAUUGGCGUUUGAGGAAGGGGCACCAACUGCGCAAAUGGAUACCUAGGGCAGAAAAGAGUAAAUACUGUGAAAUGCGACAUGACUGCGAA